GCGUUAGAUAUGGAGUGUUCAGACUUCACACUUCCGGCGUCGUAGAUAUAUAUCAUAUAUGCAAGGGAGUCCAACUCUCGUUCUCUCGGAAGUCGGACCUCCUCGCUUGCCAAAUUUAAUAUUGAAUUGAGUUAUGAUUGGGCUAAACCAACCGACCGGAACCGGAAGUGAAAGGAGAAGGAACAUCGGAAGUUUACAAUUAACGGUCUCCAUCAUGUAUAAUUUAUUCAUGAAAAGGAUUCCUUUGAGAAACACAAACAUAGCAUAUAACCCCACGUGCUUUUAGGGAUUUUCGAACAGGGAGAAAAAUGGCAGGAAUAGCUCUUUUGUUGGAUCUGUGGAGAAAAAAUAUUGCAGUUUCGAGCCACACCCUGCAUUCUUCCGGGUUAUUCUCUGCAACCUUCGCUGCUUCGACCGCUGCUGCUUCUGUUGCAGCAGCAAGGCCUUUUGCUUCUAGAUUCUUGUUCGGGAUAUCAGUUUCUUUUUGUGAUGCUAACACAGAAUGGACUGAAGACCAUAUUUCCAAUCUACAAAGUGCUUCUAGGAAUAUUUUUCAGCAUGAUUCAAUCAAGUACAACACCAAGGAAUACCCAAUAGAGCAAAAACCUCUAUUCUCAGACUUUGGACUGAGGUCCCUUGCAAUGACUUCCUUGAGGUCCUUCUUGGUUUUCUAUUUGCCUCUUCUGGAACCUCAUUCAGAAAAUGAGGAUGAUGAUGAUUUCUUGCUGGACAAUCCAGAAGAGAACCAUGUAGACUUGGUUACUCCCUUCAAAAAAUCUAUCAAGCAAAUCCUGCGAAAGACUACAGUUAUAACUACAAGACGUGUACUUGAAAGACUUGCUGUUUGUUAUGUUUCACAACGAAUGGCAUGGAAACUUCUUAAGGAUGUGCCCAAAUCAGCAAAGCGCAAGGGAAGGGGAAUGCCCACUUUUGUUUACUUUUACAGAGUCAGUAGGACAACCUUCAGAGGACCCUUGUUAGGAGUUAUGGCAUCAUGGGUUGUCCAAAUUGGAAUUGAGAUAUACGGAUGCUUUGCUCAUAUAAUCAAUAGUGAGCGGGACAAUAAAGUUAAUAAAGAAGAAAUCUGGCUUCAUGGUAAAAAGAUUUCUGCUGCAACUAUAAGGUGCGGUGCAUCCUUAGUUUUUGGUUGUGCUGUUGGGGACUUGGUGGGACCCAUAUUGGUAACAUUUUACUUCGAGAAGGGGCUUCAUCUAGACCUCUAGAGUUGCUGGAUUUGGUGUCUUGUACAUUCUUUGUACCCAACUUAGAAAUAAGAUUGGUGCACUUUGCAUACUUAUCCACUUACUGUGAAGGUGCUCAAAUUAUGGCAGGCAUUAGAAGAUAGAUGUGUCCCACCACCAUUGUCUUUCCCUUCGAAAUUUCAGUCUAGGGCUAUCUUAACUAUUGUGAAGAAUCAGCUAGGUGUAACUGUCAAUGCAGGAAGAAUUUUGUCCUGUCCGAUCUGUCUUCCGGUAUUAAUGGGCCUUUCUCUUUUUGUUCCCUUGGAAUCUUUCAGAUUAUUCCGUUGCCAUUUGAUA